AUGGAGGACUUCCUCAACGGAAUAAGAAUGACCCUCAUGCCCAGAUGUGGCUCCCUGGACAUCACCCUCCUAUCCUCGAAGUUGGAUGUUUCUUUUUUCUUCUUCUCUCCUCCAAAGGAAUUGGCCAAAUAUUUCCUGGCAGAAUUGCUCUCAGAUCCCAGCCAGCCGGAGAACGAGGCCUUAGAAUCGGACGAUUUGUCCCGCGGGGCCGAGCAAGAUGAAGUGAGACUGGAGCUCGAAAGAUCGGCCAGCUUGAACCCGGCCCUGGCGCCCAGAGAACGCAAAGCAGGGUGCAAGAACUUCUUCUGGAAGACAUUCACCUCCUGUUAGCUUUAGAAACCUCCUCCUUUUCUCUCUUCCUCAUCCCUCACUUCAAGUCUCACCCUUCUUUCCUAGUCUUUUCAUGCUGGGGUGGGGGGGCAGAAGACUGUAAUAUAUAUACUACACCAGUAAAGUAAAAUGGGGAGGGGGGAGGAAAAACAGGAAAACCUAGAAGAGAAAAAAAAUUGAUUUUGGAGUUGUUUUAAUAAAAACGUCAAGUUUCAAUUGUGCCCUUCCUUUGAGUUUGUGAUCUCUAGACACCUCCUUCAUGGUGACACACCAGCUCACUCCCCAACUCACUCCAAUGUGCUAUUUUUAAUUCUUUCUUGCAAUAAAGUUUAUGCUUCAAAGU